AUGCCUGGAAAAUGGCAUGGGAGAAAGUCCCUCGAAGGUCCCACGAAGGGGACCUAUAUAGAGGGCGAGGUUUACGAUGAUGGAGGCGACCCACAAGGCACAGUGGUCUUGUGGGUGAAGCGCCUGUUCGCCCCGGGAGAGACCGGGAGGACUUUGCAUGGGGACGUGGUGACUGCUACCGAUCCAUAUUACAGAUGGUGGCUUGCGAGUCCAGACGGGGCAGUCACCACGGUGGACGGAGCAUAUCAUAUAUGCAAAGGUCCUCCCGCCGAAUGUAAGGGCGGAACAGGAGAACAUGUGGUCCACUUAGGCAAGUGGCGACAGUGGAAGGAAGAAGAGCUCGUUGACAACACCGGAGGGAUCCUAGAUGAGGAUACGCAUGGACAUGUGCAGGCAUAUUUCAAAAGAGAAAAGGCUGCAAUGAAGAGAACGACAGAGAGGAAAGGGUCGGAAGAAGAAUUGGUGAAGAAAAAGAAAAGGCUGACAGAGUUGGCCAGAGACCUCAAAGCCCUGAAGGCGGAGGUGAAGACUAGCCCGGAACCCGGUGGAUCGUCUUCGGAGCCGGAUUCCGAUGAGGGCUCAUCCUCUGACAAGAGUUCAGGGCGCAACCAAAAGCGAACUUCAAGAAGCAGGGGAAAGAAGAAGCAGAGGAGCAAAGGACGGAUGGCCGAAUCAGAUGAAGAUCCCGACAGAUCGGAAGCCGAGGAUGAUUCGGAAUCGGAUUUUCAAAAGGCCCCCGCGGGGAUGACGCUGUUUCUGAAGUUGCAGCGUUACGCUCAGCGGCACCCCGGCCGGCUCGCGGCCCGUCUCCUCCAUACCAUGGGGGUAGCGGGGCGCGUCCCCGUGGGGGCCUUGCGACAAAAGGGGAAGAGCAUUCUCAAAAACAUCGAGGCAAACGCAGUGUCCUACUACAACGUGGCCUUGGUCCCGAACCUGAAGGCGAAAUGGACUCCACGAUCCGGGAGAGAAUUGAAGUACCUCACAAUUCUCCUGGACCUACUGGUCGAGAACAAGUCAGCGCAGGCUGCCGACAUCAUUGCCCAGAGGAUCAAGGCUCUGGUGAAAAGCGUGCAAGACAACAACAGUUGGGUGAGGGCACGCUUCCUCGAGCUGGUGGAGCCAGACGACGAAGUAGAUGGUGGCGCCUUGGCAAACCGAAUCCCAGCGGAACCCAGUGAACCCCCAGACCCCAGAGGGGAGCUUCAGCGGAAGCGAAAGUCCGAAAAGGAUGUUGAGUCGCCCGAAGGUGAAGUGGCAUCUUCGGAGGAAUAUGAAAUUGAAGAGGAGGCCUUGAACAGGUUGUGGAAGAAGCAUAGACAAAAGUUUGAAAGAAAAAUGGCAGGGUUUCUUGCAGAGGAACGGGAUGCAUUGGAAGUGGCCUGGCAUGUGCUGGAAAAUGCUGGGCAUCUCAGGACAAAGUUUGGCAGGUUUCGGACGACUUUGGGUCAAAAGGCCACAGCCCAAGAUGCCCCUGAGGGCCCCGAUCUCCUGCCUAUCUCGUUAGAUGCCCUAGAGCUACGCCGGGACAUUCAGUCGGAAGUUCGGGCGUGGGUCAUAUUGAUGGCUUGGGCAUUGAACUUCUUGUACUGCACAGGCUGGGAGCAACCACGCCACAUGGAUCAUCCCGGGAAGCUGACUACGGCGCAAACCAAGAUGGUUGAUCAGCACUUGGUGCCCGCGGUGAGGCGCAUGUGCCCGAAGGGAUUGAAGAUCCCAUCUUAUCAGAAACUAAAGGAGCAGCUUCAGAAGAAAGGCUACGGUUAUGAUGGAUCUAAAUGGCCAGAGACGGUACCCCAGUCGUAUGUGCGGGCCUCGGAUGCCGAGUGGGAGAGGCUCGUGGCAGAGGGGUAUCAGCUAGGUCUUUUUCAGCCUUGCCCGGAGGAAGAGAUCUUGAGAAGCCCCUCCGGUGAAAUGAUCCUGAAUGGGGCCGGAGCAGUCCCAAAAGAGAAGAAUGGCAAGAUCUUGCAAAGAUUUAUAUCUAUUUUAUGUCCAUUGAAUGCGGUGAGCCGCAAAAUUGAAGGAGAUGAGUCGACCUUGCCCUAUGUGGGCCAGGUGGGGCUUUGUGAAUUGGAGGCCGAAGGAGCCAUAGUUAUAGACAGUGAAGAUUUGCAGUCGGCCUUCAAUUUGUUUGAGAUGCCACGGGGAUGGCGUGGCAUGUUCGUGUACCGCAAGCAGGUGAGAGGAGGAGUCCUUGGCUUGCCUCACGAUGAGAUGACAUGGGUGUCGCUGAGGACGGUGCCUAUGGGAUGGCUCUCCGCAGUGGGGAUUGUUCAACAAGCCAUCAGGACUCUCGCGUUUGAGGAAGCUGGACUCCCCAGACAGUUUGAAAUUCAAAAGAACAAGGAGCUCCCUGAGGGAGAACGCUUCUUACUUUACUUGGACUCGGUGGAUCAGUUGAGGCCGGUCAGCCAAGCAAUGAGAAAGGUAGUGGAAGGACAGGCGAGCCCUGAGCACCAGCGUUUUGAAGAGGCAUGCCGGCGGUGCGGAUUGCCUACCAAUAUGAGCAAGCGUUUGGCGGGGGCCCUAAGAGGAACCCUACAGGGGGGACUCCUUGAUGGAGAAGCAGGGGUGUUCAUGCUGCACCCGGACAAAGGGGCCUUUACAAUCGGAGCUUGCAUGUGCCUGCUGGGAUCCCGGACAUGGGAAACUAGAGUGGUGGCAGGGCUCACAGGGCGAUUGGUUUUCGCCGGUGCAUUUCGAAGGCCAGCCAUGUCACUGAUGAGCGAGGUGUUCCAUUACUUCGGCAGCAAGCCUACAUCCAAAGUGGCAAAAGAUGAUGCCUACGAUGAGGUCUUGCUGGCGAUGGCCUUGCUGCCCUUGAGUUUCACAAACCUCAAGGCCUCAAUCUGUGGAAGAAUCUAUGCCACUGACGCCAGUCCAAUGGGGGCCGGGUCGUGCGUAGCCGAGCGCUUCAAGCGCCCGUUUGGGACCACAAGCCCAAAUGACCUGGUGUGUGGGGUGUGCCGGACAGAGCUCACGGAUGAGACAGCCCGUGGAGAAGACUUGGCCUGCCCCGCGAUGUGCGGGUGCAAACUUUGCUCUUUGGAGUGCUGCUUGAGGCACGCGCCUUAUUGCCCGCAUCAAGCGGUAGGAGUUCCAUUGUUUUCGGAGAGGUACAGUGGUCCAGAGGCCAGAUUGUCGAGAACCAUGUUUAAGGCUGGAUUCAGAGUGGUUGACCCCAUAGAUUACAAGUGGGACAGCACUAUGGAUGUAUUCACGGAGAGAGGAAAAGAAUGGUGGGCCCAUGCCGAUGCAUCAGACCCAACCCUUGAGCAUCACGCUCCGGACAGCAAAACCUUUUCAAGGGCGCGGGGUAGGCCUUAUCAGUUUGCCGGAAAAUGGUAUGAGGGGCCAGUGGCACUGAGGGAUGAAAGCCACGUGAUGGGGUUCACUUACCUAGCAGCGCAUGAGGCAGCAGCGGUGAGGAAAGGAAACAAGAUGGCAAUGAGAUCCAUCGCGAGGUGCAGGACCCUCCACGAAGAAGGUCGCUUCUUCACCUUGGAUCACCCCCGGCGCUCUUGGAUGUGGUAUACCAAGCCAGCCAUAGACCUGGCAGGUCUUCCAGGAGUGAGGAUGGCGAUCUUCUCCCAUUGCUGUUAUGGGGGAAGGCGCAAAAAGUGGACGAGCUUACUGACCAACAGCGAGACCAUCUACCAAGCCCUUCACAAGCCUGUUUGCCCCCACGGAGAUGGGGAGGAUUACCCGCCGUACUGGGAUCAGCAGCUUGGCCAGGUGGUGUUCCCAAUGGAGCAAGAAGCAACAUACCCCUGGGGUUUGUGUGAGGAGUACGCCAAAGCAGCCGUCAACCUCAUGAACCUGAGUGAGCACAGGGAAAAAGCCCUUGCCGAAGUACGCAAGGUGAAGAUCAGAGAAGACCUCAUGAAAUAUGACCGGCUGCAAAGUCCGGGCUUGCAGGAAAAGGUGGUCAGUGGCAUCUUGCAUAUGGAGAGGACCAUGCAAAUUGGGUUCGAAAAAGCUCAUCUACAGCAACUUCUUCGCCUGGGUCACUAUCGUGGCACAGAUGUCAGGUUGGCCGUCGAGGAACAGGGAGGACGGCAACUGUUUCCGUACCCAGCCUAUAGAUGGCUGUGGCGUGACGUGCUGUCAUUCAGAUGGCGACAGGAAGGGCAUAUCAAUGAGUUGGAAUUUCAGGCCUUUUUGGCCCACAUUCGCCGAGUGCUGCGGGAGCCUGACAUGCGCCACAAAAGGGUGUUUGUGGUCGUGGACAGUCAGGUGAUGCCUAAGGCCCCACAGACACUUCGCUAUGCCGGGCAGGCAAUUCCCAUGCCAGCCAAUGUGGUAUUAGCCCUUGCCGGGGCAGCGCUUGAGGUGCGGGAGCAUGCGCUUGCCCUCCGUUUGCUUUUAGAUACUCUAAACCUAGCCUCGGUUGGCUUUACUGCUUACAGCAUCAGGGUGCUGACCAGUGAUGAACUGACCAUGGUCCAGGAAGCUCUGGAGGAUGACCACUUCUUCAAGUGCGACCUGGAGUUGGAGGAUGGGAAGAUCAGCGAAGGAAUGAAGGUCUUAAACCCACGAUCCGAGAUUCAAGAAGGAAAGCUGCCCUUCACCCUACGCUUCUACCAGAGCUCCAGGCCUGCUUGGAUGAAGUCCACGCACGUGUCCCACUGGCUUCGUACGAUGGACCUGAUCCGUGCCAUUAUUCUCCGAGCCCAAGGUCCGGUCCUUUUUUGGGGUUGGUCCACGCUGACGGUGUCAGCUUUGGCGAGCCUCUUCUCUCAGAUGUGGUCGCGAAAGGAGAUUGCCAUGUAUCGCACCUGUUUGGAAAGGUUUGUGGUGGUGCCCAGCUGGACGGCUCUGGCUUGGUUUCUGCACCGCCUGGUGCGAUUGUGGGGUCAGCGCGUGUCGCGCGGCCGGGCGGAGAUCAGCGACGUCAUGGGCAUGCAGUCCAGCUUGAGGGAGGCCCGAAUCAAUGCCCUGCAGACCUUGAUGAAGGCCAUUGUUUGGGCCUCCUAUCUAUUUGCAGUGUUCUGGCACGCUGGUGUGCGAAUCAGCCAGCUUCUCCUGAUCCCGGGAACAACGGCUGUGGUCAUCGGUUGGGUUGGCCGCGAAAUUGCUGCCAACAUGAUCAGUGGUGUGGUUUUGCACCUGACGCAGCCCUUUGCUCAAGGCGACUGGAUUUCGCUGAAUGGUGAAGACAUUGAUGGCUGGGUGCAGGAUGUGGGAACCUUCUACACCAAGGUGGUUCAGUGGGAUAAACGACCCAUCUAUGUGCCAAAUGCAAAGCUGAUGUCCCUGAAUGUUCAGAACAACUCACGGAUGACGCACCGGCGCAUCAAGUAUGAUUUGAGACUUAGGCUGCAGGACAUUCCAAAGAUUCCCACCAUUGUGCGAGACAUCCAGGAGAUGAUCAACGAACACGAGGACAUUGACAAUGUCCAGCACCGGCUGGUGCGCUGGCGAGCCGUGGGAGAGUUCUCAGCGGAUGUUUGGCUCUCUUGCUAUACCAAACCGAGCAUCGAGGGCAUCCGCUUGAAGUCCUACACGGCCACCCAGCAAUCAGUCCUCGAGCGCUGCUCGCAGAUCGUGUACAAGCAUGAUGCGGCCUUCGCAUCAUCCAAUGACCGUACCCAGUACCCUGCUGGGCAGAAGCCUGAGGGUAUCGGCCAGCUCUUUAAGGACACCUUCAACACGGCCCGUGAGUCACAGCUGGAAUCACGCGAAGAGGUACUCCGGCAAAGGGAAAAAGAUAUCAAGGAGGUGGAGCGAGAGUUGGAGCAGAAGGGUGAGGAGCAAGCCAAAAUCGAGAAAGACAUCGCCUCCAAGAGGGAGCUGCUGGCGAAGGAGAUGAUGGAGAUGCAAGCUAUGGAGAAGAACAAGAAAGAGGCAGAAAAGCCUCCGGCCGACGUAGCUGCGGAGGAGGACAUGGUCUCCACAAGGCCCCCGUCCAGUCCGGAGAAGCAGACCGUGGACACCGAGCAGGAAGAGGCACACAGCUUGCUGGAUGUGGAGGUCGUCGAGUCACCCCUGCACGUCUCUGGAGGCGUUCAGGAGGAGACGCCCGGUGCCGAGAAGGAAACCAAGGAAGUGAGUGGAGCAUCCCACACAGAUGAGACGUCCAAGGCCGCCAAGGGUGCCAAGAAGGACCAUGAAGCCCAACCAGGACCGCCAUCGACCAUCGACCACGAGGAGGAGUGCGGCUUCAAAGACACGAAAGGUUUGCCACGCUUCAGAUGCGAGAGUUGUGACUAUGAUUUAUGCGAGCGGUGUUACACCAGCCCUGCAGCAGUGAAGGGCUGUGAGAAAGGCCAUAAGCUAAGAGGAUUGGGUUUGACCAGGGACAACGGUUGGUGUUGCGAUGGAAACAAGCUCUUUGGUGAGUGCAAGCGUGGCAUGAAAGGCUACAAGAAAUCCAAGGGCAUCUUCCGCUUUCGUUGCGAGGUUUGUGAUUUCGAUCUCUGUGACAAGUGCCAUGAAGCCCGACCUCCAUUGGAGUCCAAGGCAAUGGAACGACGAGAGGGACCUUUGAAGGCCACCAACAUGGAAGUGCACGCUUCGUUGAUCCCUGAGUACUGGGACAAGAGCAUUUUGGAAGAUAUUGAGAUGGGAAACGGCUUAAGUCCUACAGAAGAAGGAACUCUGAACAAGUUUGCAAAGAUUCCCCUCAAUGAGAAGGAAAUCGAUGCAAUUCAGAAACUAUUUGACUCCACACACAAGAAGGUCUACACCCGUGAUCGCAAGGGUGCAAAGGUCCCCGAUGGCUUCGAAGUGGUGCGCGUGGAUCGAAUCCAGAACCUGCAAAACUGGGCAGAGUUCCGGCUGAGGCAACAAGAGAUUCUGGAAGAGAUCGAGAAACUGAAGGAGAAAGGCGAGAAAGGUGUUUGUGCAAAUGGCCACGAGUUGGAACCCCUGGGCACCUCCGAAGACAAUGGCUGGGGAUGCGAUGCUCGCAGUGAUGGCGGCUGCCUCUCAGGAAUCACGGGCUUCCAUCAAACGAAGGGCAUGAACCGCUUUCGCUGCGAUCGCUGCGACUUCGACUACUGCGAGAAGUGCUACAUCUUGCGGACUGGAGCGAAGCUUUGCCUCAAGGGCCAUCCCUUGACUCCUCUAGGCACCACGAAGGAUAAUGGCUGGUUUUGUGACAACAAGCGUACCAAGCAAGGUUGCCUUCGUGACAGCAAGACCAAGGGGGUGGACCGAUAUCGCUGUGAGCAAUGUGACUAUGACUUGUGUGACUUGUGCUAUCAAAAGCACAUCGGCCACGUCUUGAACAACUUGAAGACUGAUCAAAUGGACAUGCAUUCCCAUGAAGAUGACAAAGACAGCAACACGGUUUGGCUCUUUCAUGGCACAUCCAGUGAAGCGGCUGAGCUCAUCACGCGCGGUGACUUUUUGGUGGACAAAGCCGGUUCGAACGCUGGGACCUUAUACGGUCGAGGCAUUUAUUUGGCGGAAAGUUGCAGCAAGUCCGACGAAUACUCCCGGGAGAAUUCCGAUGGACAUCGAUGUAUCCUUCUUUGCCGGGCCGUGCUGGGAAACAUUUUGUACAACGACGAUGUAAGUCCAAACCUGGACUGCUUAUUGCGGCAGAUCCGCGACAAGCAAUACCACAGUCUUCUAGGUGACCGUGAGAAGUGCCGAAGAACAUUUCGAGAAUUUGUGGUCUAUGAUGACGACCAGGAGGAAGAGCCCACGCUGAGCCCAGAGGAGACCAGCGACACACUGGCAGCGGUGAAAACGGGCGACAAGGAAGACGAGGCCGAGCGCCGGCGGAUCCCCGUGAAGGAGAUGGGCGACUGA